AUGGCGAUGAAGAUGCGCCUGCGCCUUCCGUGCAUUCGCACCCUCCUCGCGCCCCAGCAGCGUCGCCACAACAGUGCCUACAACGCGCGCUGGCUCUCGGACCAAAAAACGCGUCUGGGACGACUAUUUUUCCACGGGUGCACGGCGGCCGAAGUCGACGAGGCCGGGCAGAUCCUGCAGGACAUGACUCGCGAGUGGAGGAGGUAUAUUGCGGGCGCUGAGGGCUAUCUCAUCUCUGCCGAGAGAAGAGGGCUGUAUAGACUGCCGGUUGCGUGGGGCGAUAUGAGAUCAGAGAGUGCGGACGAGGCUGACGAGGGAAGGGUACGCCACGUCUGCCAUGUCAACAACGUUACGUACAACCGGUGGGCGGAGAGCGCGCGCAUCAACUGGGCGUGGAACCUUGCGAAACACGUCGAUCCCGCGAACAACACUAGGUGGAGCGACCUGUGGACGCCGCGAGGCCUCGGGCUGAUCCUGAGGAGUAUCAAUGUCGACUACAAGUUUCCGAUGGAGUACCCCGACAAGGUCACGGUUUAUCAUAAGCUUGGGAAAAUCAAGGACGACUCCUUUGGGCUGGAUGUCAUCAUCUUGAGCGAGAAGCAUCAGCGCGUAGCUGCGAGAUGUCUCGAGGACAUCGUGGUGUACAACUACAAGCCGUCGGACCCCACAAAGAAGCCGGGGAAGGCACCGAUUCCCGGAUGGAUGAGGGAUGUCUUCGAGGAGACUAUGCAGCAGCAGAAGGAGGCAGCAAAGGCUGCGACCAAUGAGAUGAGGAAGAUUGGUAAGAGGAUUGACUCCGUUGAGUCGAGAGUCUUGGUCAGGAAGGAGAUGUGA